AUGCCUGUAGAGACGCGAUCAAUCAGAGACAGAUCUGCAGUGGGUCGGUUUCCGUCCGUCACUCUCGGACUUGGAGAAGACUCUGAGGAAAACAAGGAAGAGCCGGAAGAAGACGAUGCCAAGAAAGAACAUCCGUGUCGCAGUUGGCUUCGUAAAGUCUGCCCGUGUUGCUGUCCCAAGCAAGAUGACGACAUUGCCAUCAUUUUGGACCCGGGGAUCGACGAGGAUGAAAAGGAUGAAGAGCCGCCGACGGGCGACAACGAGCUUGAUGAACUCCUCCUGAAAGUGCUAUCUGUAGACCUGAUGAAAAGCAAAUCAGGGGUGAACCGCACAGAGCACCACACAGACCUCUACCAAAGUGAUGACUUUAUUAUCCGCAGAGGAGAGACCUUCCAGAUGUGGAUUACCUUGUCUCGACCCUUUAGCCCCGACACGGACAAACUUCACCUGGAGCUUAAAACAGGGCCGGUGCCAACGGUGUCAAAGGGAACCCAUGUGAUCAUCCCUUUGGUGGAGGAUCUGGAGGACGGUCGUUGGGAGGCUGCCGUCGUGACACAAGAUGACAAGAAGAUAAAGCUGUCGGUGAAUUCUCCUCCCACGGCCGUCAUUGGCCGGUAUGAACUCACGGUGGAAACAGAUUGUGCAAGCGGCCAGGCUGUCUCUGUACAUGACCCGGCUAAUGACAUCUACAUGUUGUUCAACCCCUGGUGUGAAGGUGACUCGGUGUUCAUGGAUUCUGAAGAGGAGAGGCAGGAAUACGUCCUGAACGACAUCGGACAGAUCUACUACGGAACGGAGAACCAAAUAGGAGUCCGGACGUGGAGCUACGGACAGUUUGAUGAUGGGAUUCUUGAUGCUUGUCUCUUUGUCCUGGAGAAGAGUGGAACUCCUCCGUCUGGAUGGGGAGACCCGGUUAAUGUGGUGCGAGUCAUCUCGGCCAUGAUCAACUCUCCUGAUGACCUCGGAGUUGUGGAGGGGAACUGGUCCGGAAACUACCCAGCUGGAAACAGUCCAACCAUCUGGAGUGGAAGUGUAGAAAUCCUGAAAGAAUACCAUAAAAACAACGGCAGCCCGGUGAAGUACGGACAGUGCUGGGUGUUUGCUGGCGUAUUCACCACAGUUUUACGGUGUUUAGGCUUUCCCAGUCGAACUGUGACCAACUUCAGCUCAGCUCACGACACAGAUGUCUCCUUGACAACAGACGUGUACCUGGACGAGAACCUGGAACCUAUAGAGCACCUCAACGGCGACUCUAUCUGGAACUUCCACGUGUGGAACGACUGCUGGAUGUCUCGUCCAGACCUGCCUGCAGGCAACGGAGGCUGGCAGGCCGUCGACGCCACUCCUCAGGAGACCAGUCAAGGCACCUUCCGCUGCGGCCCUGCUUCUCUCACCGCCGUCCGCAAUGGUCAGGUCUUCCUCAAACACGACACUCCGUUUGUGUUCGCUGAGGUGAACAGCGAUAAAAUCUACUGGCAGAGGAACAUAGAUGGGACCUUCAGUCAGAUCUUCAGUGAGAAAAAAUCGGUGGGCCACUUGAUCAGCACGAAGGCUGUUGGCACUGAUGAACGCAGAGAUAUCACAGACUUGUACAAACACCCUGAAGGCUCAGUGGCAGAACGCAUUGCUGUGGAGACGGCGUGUAGCUAUGGCUCCAAAGCAGAGGCCUACUCUCCUCCGACGGCACAGGACGUCUCCGUAGAAGUGACCAUGGAUGGCGAAGGGCCGCGAAUGGGAAAAGAUGCAGAUCUGACCAUCACGUUGCGAAACAGCAGCUCCGAGAAACGCAGCCUCAGCCUGCACAGCCAGGUGGCCGUCAUGUACUACACCGGCGUCCACAAGUCCACCGUCAGGAAGGACCAGACAGACCUGGACCUGGAGCCCAAUGAAGUAAGGAUUUUGGAGUGGGCCAUGGCGUACAAAGACUACAAGGACCAGCUGGUCGACCAGGCGGCCCUGAUGCUGACGCUGUCAGGCCGGGUCAAGGAAACGCAGCAGGUCCUCGCCACUCAGUUCAGUUUCCGCCUCAGGACCCCAGAUCUCAGCAUAACGCCAAUCGGAAAGGCGGUGGUAGGAGAAAAAAUGGCGGUAGAGAUUUCCUUUACUAACCCACUACCACAGGUGCUGAAAGCGGUGAUAUUCCACGUGGAAGGACUCGGCCUCUUAACUGCUCAUAAGAUUCAUUAUGGAGAUAUUGGCAGUCAGGCAUCCGUGUCUCUGACCGAGGAACUCGUCCCAUCCCUGGCUGGACCGAAGAAAUUAAUGGCCUCACUGGACUGCAAGCAGCUCACACAGGUUCAUGGUGUGACCAACAUCACGGUGGAGGAAAAAAGCAACAGCGCGUGGUAGCGAUCCGUUCAUUAAAAAAUGGACUACGAGAACAGA